AUGUUUGGCCUCCUUCAAAAGGAAUACAAAGUCUUGGAAAGCCAGGAGGAAGGCGAUGAGCUCGACCACUCAUUGAGGGUGCCUCCCGCAUCAGCGUUCCGUGCUCACGUCCUUACAUUGAUCAACGCUGUCGUGCUGCUGGCAUCCUUGGUGUGCUUGCUGGUUUCCUUCAGGCUUGUAAGCAACCGCCAAAGGGAUGUGUCUCAUGGCUUCAAUAUUCUGGGACUCGAGUUACCGAUUGCCAGCAUCCAGGUCGAAGGCGACUUUGGCAAUGACGACAACUACAAAAGUUCGAUAUAUCGGAAACCGCCUGGGCCUGAAGUGGAUGCUGCGUGGGCUCGAAUUGCCAACAGUGAAAUGAUAGCCAUCAGCACAGAAGAUGUCAUUGCGAUCGGAAAAGAUCCAACCACCACUGUGCGAGCCCCCGAGGAAUGGAACCUCGGACCCGAUGCGCAUCUCGGAGUGCUGGAUGUAUUUCACCAGAUUCAUUGCCUCAACGCGCUGCGGCGAGGAAUUUACUAUGAGCACUACUUUGCACCAUCCAUGGGCGACAAGAAGGGCGACCUGUUCUACAACCAUAUGGGUCACUGCAUGUCCAUUCUCUUGCAGAACAUCAUGUGCGCCGCCAGUCUGGAUGUCAUCACGCAUAAUAGCGUUGUCCUCGUCGGAGGAGGACACACGCCUGCCAAGGAUCAGCACGACAUCAGGGAGUAUAUCCCUGAUAUCAAUCCCGAGCUUCAAUCUCGUCUUCUUGAUGAUGGCUCCAAGUCGACGGUCAAGUCGUGGUUGAUCGAGGCAUCAGUGGAUGGAGCGCAAGGCGAGUGGCCCCAUAUGACCCAAGUCAUGUUCGGAAAGCCCUUUGGAGGAAACUUCUUGAGAUGGUUCGGUAUUGUACGCAACACCACAUCUUGGAUGGCGCCGAGGCAAGGCCGAAACUACUUCAAACUUGACGUGGCUGGCAUCCUGUGCUCGUUUCUCGAUCCGCAUGGCACUCACUUUAUCGCUCUGGGCAUCAGUGGAUUUCAGAAUGUCAUGACCAUCUUCGGCGACGACAAUGAAGGGUCUAUGAUGAUCAAGAUACGAAAUGACCACCAAAUUGAUCGGGAGUGCUCAUCGAGACACGAAGCUGGUCUCAUUGGGUUCGAGGCAGAUCCCACCAGGUUCACAUCUGGGCUGCAGGAGGCUGUGGCGUCUUUGAAGAAGUACGGAACUAUCAACAAUGUUAUCGUACGGCAUCCGAUUUUCGGUCAUUGGGGAGGCAUUUCUAACAGUGCGGGUGGUCUGCGACAAGAGUACGAGAUGGUUCACAUAGAGCGAUCGGAGAAGAUCCAAGGGGAUUCGCCGUCCAAGCUCACCAUAUCAGUCGUAUCUUCACGAGACGCUGCAAGGUUCUAUCGUGAUUAUUACAGCUUUUUAUCGUCAUGUGGUAUCAACACGAUCCAAUGCGAAGGGCUUUAUAUGCUGGAAAGCUUUGCAUCAGCACUUGAUCGCUCCGAACUGCUCGUGGCAUAUUUGGACGCUCAGGCUGCUGCCACCGCCUCAGUAUUUGGAGCCAGUGGACUUACCAGCAUGUCGCUGUCGCCGAGUGCGUUACUCCACGGCCUCAAAUGGAGCCAGCAUGGGAAAACAUUUGUCAAAAACUCGGCUGCCUUUUCGGACCAUCGCAAGCAUGUCUUUGUUAAUGCGAGCAAUGCAAUUCUAUCAUCUGCCAUCGGAAAUGUCCCAGAUUGGGGUGUGAUCGAGAGCUCUCGGGACAACGGCGAGUUUCACGCGGCUGCACGAGUUGUUUCGGGUGGGCCAGUACAGAUAGCUUCCUUCGAUGCCCCUGAUGAUGCCGAUGAUCAGAUCAUACAGCGCAUUAGCGGCCGCACCGCUACAGGCAAGAUUGUCGUGCUCCGACCAACAGGCGUUGGUCGAGCGUCUAACCCGUACGUGGGCUUUGAGGACGGCGCUCUUCUCAAGAUCGCCAAUACGCAUGAUACCAAAUCGUCAACCGUCUCAAUUCUUGGGUUGUUCAAUGUUUCUGACCAUGAAAUAUUGGAGCUUGUUACGUUGGGCGACUUCGCCGGCAUGGACCCAUCGAAAACCUACCUCGUGGCGUCCACGUCGGGCGUUCUCAGUGACCCUCUGACACUGGAAUCUUCAGCUGCAAUCUCAACUACUUUGCAAACGUCCGAGUAUGCCAUCCUGUGUGCUCACCCUCUCGAGCCUGUCCAGAGAAGGGCGUCCAAGGAUCGUGCCUUCUUCGCUUGUCUGGGGCUGAGAGGGAAGCUGCUCGGUUCGGCCGCAAUAAUCGAUUCCAGCUACAGCAGCGACGAUAACGGGACCAUUCAUCUGAGCCUUAGUUUGAAGAUCGUCGGUGUUGUGGGAAUAUAUCUCUCGGACCUUCCUGACCGAGACAUCAACAAUUCCACAUGUACUAUCAAGGUGCAAGGCGAAAGCAUUGUUGCUGUUGACAGCAUUGUGACAAUUACGGACAGGAUCAUGGCAUUGGACUUGGCACGCUUGUGGGAGAACCGGGCGUUUUCUUCUACUACGGACGAGAUACGAGUGGAGCUCACUAUUGGUGGAUGUUGA